CGCUCCUCCCGCGCGCGGCCCCUGGAGUCCCCGAGGCGCGCGGCCAGCCCAGCUCGGCCCGCAGCACCGGGAGCAGCCCGGCGGCCGAGCGAGCAGGGGCCGGGCCGGGGCCUGGGGGCGCCGCCCCCGGGAGUCUCUGCGGCCCCUGAGGAGCGAGGGCGACGGCGAGGCUGACCGGGGCCGAAACCAUGAACCGGAGUUUUCACAAGUCUCAGACCUUGCGAUUCUACGACUGCAGCGCGGUGGAAGUCAAGAGCAAGUUUGGGGCGGAAUUCCGAAGGUUCUCUCUGGACCGUCAUAAGCCUGGGAAGUUUGAAGAUUUCUACAAGCUGGUUGUGCACACCCACCAUAUCUCCAACAGUGACGUAACUAUUGGCUAUGCAGAUGUGCACGGAGACCUGCUGCCCAUCAACAACGAUGACAACUUCUGCAAGGCGGUUUCUAGUGCAAAUCCCCUGCUCAGGGUCUUCAUCCAGAAACGAGAGGAGGCAGAGCGUGGCAGCCUUGGCGCGGGCUCACUCUGCAGGCGGAGGCGGGCACUGGGCGCGCUGCGCGACGAGGGACCCCGGCGGCGCGCACACCUGGACAUUGGCCUCCCGCGCGACUUCCGCCCCGUGUCGUCCAUCAUCGACGUGGACCUGGUCCCCGAGACGCACCGGCGAGUACGGCUGCACCGGCACGGCUGUGAGAAGCCACUGGGUUUCUACAUCCGAGAUGGUGCCAGCGUGCGCGUGACCCCGCAUGGGCUGGAGAAGGUGCCAGGCAUCUUCAUCUCACGCAUGGUGCCCGGGGGCCUGGCGGAGAGCACUGGGCUGCUGGCCGUGAAUGACGAGGUCCUGGAGGUGAACGGCAUUGAGGUGGCCGGGAAGACGCUGGACCAGGUCACGGACAUGAUGAUCGCCAACAGCCACAACCUCAUCGUCACCGUCAAGCCCGCCAACCAGCGCAACAACGUGGUGCGUGGCGGCCGCGCCCUGGGCAGCUCGGGGCCGCCCUCGGACAGCAUCGCAGGCCUCGGGGGUCCCCCCACCCCGCGCAUCCUGCAGAACUUCCACCCCGACGAGGCGGAGAGUGACGAGGACAACGACGUCGUCAUCGAGGGCAUGCUGGAGCCCGCGCGGUCCUCUCAGGCCCCGGGCGCGCCUGCAGGCAGCCUCUCCCGGGUCAAUGGUGCGGGCCUGGCGCAGCGGUUGCAGCGGGACCUGGCCCUGGAUGGCAGCCUCCAGCGGCUGCUCAGCUCCCUGCGGGCCGACCCGCGCCACAGCCUGGCACUGCCGCCAGGCGGCGUGGAGGAGCACGGGCCCGCAGUCACCCUCUAGACUCCGGAGAGGCCCCCAGAUCUUAGCUCCGCUUCCCUGGUAAGGACAGGGACAGGAUCUGCAGACUGCGCCCCCUCCUAUUUUGUUUAUGUGAUCACAAAAACCCUGUUCUUUACUUCCACUUCUGGAUAGAAAACACAAAUAUUGCCUAUUUUUAUAGAAUUUCUCCACAGAACUUAAAACGAACGCCUACAGACCCACUCUGCAGCAGGCCUGAGUGCAGGUCCUAGCGCCUUUGCAAAGUGAUAGGAAAGAUCUGACCAAAUGCAAAAAAUGCUUUUUUAAAUUUUACAAAAAUACUUUGUUUUUAAAAUGAAGCUUUAAAAUUACUUUUUAAAAGUACCAAAUUCACAUUUUUAACUUAGCCCAUGCAAAAUAUGCCUCAGCAUUCUCACCGUGCUUUCUGCUCUAACUUGCAGGUGAGGACUGUGCUGAUAACCCCAUCUCUACUGAAAGUACAAAAAUUAGGCAGGUGUGA